AGCACACUACACAGCAGUUCUGAAACACAGUUGUUAAACUGAUAAGUCGUGGGCACAUCCCCCAACACAGGCUGUUAACAGCUGUUUCACAGAGAGACACCAGAGGAGCAACUUUGAAUCAGUCCGGCAGAUACGAAAAUACCAACGAGGGGGGAAAAGGAUUGUUUCAAGUUAAGAUUCCCCAGGCUUAAUGAUGGAUUUUGAGACUAAUAAUGUAAUGUAAGCCACACUGAAGUCGACGUGAUCACAACUAUUUUCAGAAUCAACCACUGAGGGUGUGUCUGCUUCUGUUUCACUACUACGGCAUGCGGGAUGGGCCAAACUCGCUCAGCUCUAUCGCAUACCACCGCCGCCCCAGGCAGAGCGAAAUGGCAAGCAGGCGAGACAACUCAGCGACUCCGUAUUCGUACAUUUAUGAGCGGAGAGAAGCGACGCAGUGACCAGCUCAACAAGAAUCCAAUGAAAAAUAAAGUGCUGUCGUGUUUGGGAAGGCGAAAGCGAGACUCCAGUCAGACAGAAGCGGAUUUUGGUUGCGGAAACGGAGCCGGAGAUCCAGCGACGCGCUGCGAUCACAGAGGAGGAAAGUUGCCGAGGGACGAGGUGACAUCGGCGGCUGGGGAACCCCGAGCACCCCCGGGUUGCUUCGAGACACGGUCCGGCCUAGAUGAUCAUACGGAUGGUGUCCGACGGCGUGUGAACCGAGAGGCGCUGGCUGGCCCGCCCGAUGCGUCCGGUUUGGAAACGCGGUGCGGUGAAGCCAGCGGUGCGGGCUGUGAGAAGCCGAAACCCGGGCGAGAGAACAAUGCCUCGUACCCCACGACGAGGGCCAUGGAAGACCAGACACCGGUGGGGAACAAACAGGGACGUGUUGUGUGUGAAGUCCGGGAAUUAACUGGGACCGGCGUGAGGUCAAGCCCGCUGUCCACCUCUGACCCCGACACCCGGACUAGCCCGCCCGCGGAUCAACAUCUGAAUAGUGGACUGUUGUUAACGGACAAGCCUGCGGAGGCUAAAAUGACUAAAACUGAAGGUAGUGCCGAUUGUCCGCUCAUAAGGGUCGGGGUCCAAAUGAACUGCUGCCCUGUUGAAAAUGAGAGCCGCAAUGACGCUGAGGAGCCCCCUAGAGGACCCCUAGAAGGCGGCCAAAGUUUCCCCGGAACAAUACCAAAACUUAUCAUCACCAGAGACCCCAGCCCGACUCGCUCUCAGGACACCCUGCUGAGCGUCCGGACGGACCUCGGCACCGGCCUGUGCCUGGAGCUUCAGCCGGAGGACGAGUCCCCCUGCUCGGACAGCGGCUGCGGUGGGUCCCCCGCGUUGAUGCGACCUCUGCGGAAGCUGUCUAACUCCUCCUCCAUCGGUCUGUCCUCAGCCUCAUCCUUCGAGGAGUCUGAGGACGACUACACCGGGAGCGACAUCGAGUCCAGUCUGUCUCCAGCCCGGUCUCUCUGUAGUCCGGAUGAUGGGACGGGGAAUAAGUCCUGGCAGAAAUUGAAGACCAUGGUUCACUGGUCCCCCUUUGUUGUGUCCUUCAAGAAGCGCUACCCAUGGGUGCAGCUAGCCGGCCAUGCAGGUAACUUCCAAGCUGGGGAGUAUGGACGCUUGCUGAAGAAAUACUGUGAGUGUGAGCAGCAGUGUCUGCAGAAGCUGAUGAAGGACACCCUGCGGCCCUACGUGCCGGGUUAUUACGGCGUAGUGCAGAGAGAUGAGCAGGACUACAACCUGAUGGAUGACCUGCUGGCCGACUUUGACUCACCCUCCAUAAUGGACUGUAAGAUGGGCAGCAGGACAUAUUUGGAGGAGGAGCUGAUUAAAGCUAGAGAACGACCCCGUCUGAGGAAGGACAUGUAUGAGAAAAUGGUGGCAGUGGACCCCGGGGCCCCCACCGAGCAGGAGAAGGCUCAGCAAGGAGUCCUCAAACCCAGAUACAUGCAGUGGAGGGAGACCCUCAGCUCCACAGCCACCAUGGGCUUCCGCAUCGAAGGCAUUAAGAAAUCUGAUGGGACUUGUAACACCAACUUUAAGAAAACAAAGCACAGGGAGCAGGUGAUGAAGGCCUUGGAGGACUUUGUAGGUGGCAACACUCAGAUUCUGAAACUGUACCUGCAGCGUUUGGAGGAGCUUCGAUCGGUCCUCGAGCAGUCGCACUUCUUCAGGUCACAUGAGGUUGUGGGCAGCUCCUUGCUGUUUGUGCACGAUUCCUCGGGAAAAGCCAGAGUGUGGAUGAUCGACUUCGGGAAGACAGUUCCCCUGCCGGCGCCUCGGACGCUGGACCACAGGACGCCCUGGAUGGAGGGCAACAGGGAGGACGGCUACCUGUGGGGUCUGGACAACCUCAUAGACAUCUUCAGCAGUAUGCUUCCACAGGCGCCUUGAGAGGGGGACUCAGAGGAGACUGCACUGAAACAUUGAUCCAUGUCCACAUGGGGGAAGAAAUCUGCAGACUUUGAAAAAUGGGACUGAAUACUGAGGGAGGAUUAGGAGUGCUGCCACCAGUAGCAACUUUUUUUUAUGACCUAAUCCGUGAUCCAAGUGUCUUUAUCAAGUUGAAGAGUGGAAGAUGGACAAAGGCAGGAUUUCUAAUGCAGAGUGGAAUUUGCCAACAUCAUGCUUUAUGCUCCAUUCAUGGGACUAGAAGGAGAAAGAGAGGGAAUUAAAUGCAGGAUUUUUAAGUGUCACAGUCUGUGGCUUAAUUUGAGAGAAUACAGUUCUCUGAAUAUUUCCCUGGACAAAAGUUGCUCUUCUCUGCCCCCGAACAACCCCCUCUGCUGGUGAAAAAUGCACAUAACACUCUGAACUUGACGCAGAGGUAUGAAACUUCUCGCAGCCCUUGAGAAGCAUUUAUUAACGGGCGUUUAUUUUCUUUUCUCAUGGACCACUAUUGAUGUUUAACUACUCAUUAACACUAAAACACUGGUCAGACCAUGUGUUUACUAACUUGGUGUGUACAUAUGGUUUAAUUUAAUUUUUUUUUUCGCCUUGGUUUAACCUCCUUACCUUGUUUGUACAAUUUCCUGUGCCUACAGCUGUUUGAUCAUUCCAGAGCAGUGGACUCCUGCUAUUUCUCUUCCAAAGAGUUCACCAAAGUGGAGAGAGAUUUAAUCCCAAAGUUUAACUUCUGGUGGGGUUUUCUGAAUUUAGAUUUUUUUUUUUAUGACAAUGCAGUGAGAUUUCCCCCCCCCCAUCUUUGUAGCUGUACAGUAAGCAGCUUUGUGUCCUAUGCGUGUUUGGAAAAUGUGUUGCACUGUGGAUUUCUCGAAGCCAUUGAACAAAUCAAGCGGUGCCUCUGCGAUUCUUAGGAGGGGAAGCAGCAGUUGAGUGCUGGGUUUACAGAUGCUGUCAUUUAGAAGGUGAACAUGAAUAAUUUGAUGUGUUGUCACUUCAUCCUCUCUGAUCAGUGUUGCUUUGGAUUUGCAGAGUUUUACAAUGAAACGAUUGAUGAAAAGAGUGACAGGAAACUGGACUUGUGAUUGAACUGAUCAGUCUCUUAAAGCUUUUGUGAGGUUUCAAUUAUAAAACCACUCGCACAUGAUCUUAAACUGGAAUGUUUUAGUGUCUUACAGAAUGAUUGAAAGGAUGACGUACAAUCAAAUACAAAAAAAUAAUCCAUUUAGUUACACUUAAGAGGAUUUGUGGGUUUGAAUAUUUGUAUGCACGAUGGAGAGUUUACAAAGAACUAAUAUUGUUUAGAAAUUAGGUCAGUGCUUCAUAUCCGUCAUUCUUUGACUGGAAUGUGGCAGGGCAGUAAACACAUCGGGCUCAAGUCUUCCAGAUAACUUCAGUCAGGUUGAGCUAUCGCUGUGUGGGGUGGAGGUGUUCAGUCACUCAGAAGAGAAACUUUUUCUGCAUGAGUGCUUCAGAUAUCUGACUGCAUGAAAUGAGAAUCCUAAUUCAGGCAGCUUUUCCAUUUCUAAGAGAAGAGACACCCGGAGAGAGAGAGAGAGAGACACAGGAGUAAUGACGUGUUUACAAGGUAUUAUAAUUAUUUCUGCCCCCCACAAAUCUUCUUUAUUUGUAAACUAUCAGGUCUCAAACUGGAUGCUGCCUCAUGAGUAGAAAGAAAACUGGAGCAUUACCAAAUUUUGUAUUUUUUGGAAAUGUCAGUGUAUUUUAAGUUACAAAACAUGCUGUAAAAGUGAUUCAUUACCAGGUCAUGGAUGCAAUAAACUGGAAAUAUGACACA